AUGGGCACAAAGUAUGGCGACAAAGUAGACACGCCAUUUUGCCCUGAAGGAUUAGAGAAAGACACCUGGCCCCGGACUGGUAGUCGCGGUGAAUUAGUCCGGUUAGAUAGAAACGUCGUACCCCGCCAGGAAACAUCGUCCCCUCAGAUGGAGAUUUUUUGCAUGACAAUCAACACUACUAUCAAGAUUUUGGAGAAAAUCGGUACCGCAAAGCCAAAGCCCAGACUUGGGAUACCAAAGAAGCGCAGUGUUACAAAUGUUACAAGGCUUUGUUUGAGUGUGAGACAUAAUCUUUUUGAAAGUUUUGCAUAUCAACAAAGAAUUUGGCAACUGAUGGUGUCAUUAUCUGUAGACCAAGACGCAUACAUCAACUGGUUAUCAAAAAAUCUCAAUUCAGGAUAUUAA